UCCGAGCCUAUACACAGCGUGUGGACACCAGGGCCGGCGACACGUGGCCCAUCGAAAAUGGCGGCGGAGUACUCGCAGCAACUCAGCUUGAAGCAGCUAAGCAGAGCUCCUACUGCGGCACAGACCUUAUGCAGCAUCUGGAUGCGCUGUUCAACGACUUCUGGGAGAAGCUCCAGCGGCGCGAACAGCGCACCAAGACAAAGCGACAGGAUCCCAUGGACCCAAGAGAGGGGAGCUAUGGGCGGCCGGGCGAGAGGGGGACUCCCUCGGGCGCAGCACGAGACCAAAAGCUGACACUCACCCACCCCGGCCCACCCGGGCUGCAGGCCAAGAGGGCCUUGACCCGAAGGCGUCGGCCACAUAGGCGGAAACACAAGCGGCAAUCAACCUACAGACCUCCCGCCACCCCCAUGAGGGGGAGACACUCGGGCAACGUGUGCCACCGAGUCUCAGGCCAGAAGACGCAGGCCUGCACACCAGCUUGGGGCAAGAGGGACACCCCCACCACCGGCCGAGCGUCAACACCUCCUCUGGACCAACCGGAGAGCCUCAGCCGCAUUCCCACAGAAGGAAUAGGAUAA